CAACACCUUCUUUUUGGGUUUUUGAGUCCGGGAUACUUCUGCGCUAACUUUCCCAAAAGGAGCGCUUCCACCGAAUCGACCGCCUCCACCGUCUCGACCUCCACCUCCGCCCCUUCCUAGGGUUUUCGGGGGCCUCUCAUCAGCAACCAGAACAAGAAUCCUUUCUCUGUUAUCCACCUUAAUCUUCAGCUUUUUAAAAACUUUUUGAUGGCGAAAUCUUCGAAUCCGGAGGGGAAGACCGGGGUCCGAAUCGUGGUGGCCGGAGACCGAGGCACUGGAAAGUCGAGCUUGAUUGUGACCGCCGCCGCCGACACUUUCGCGGCGAAUGUUCCCCGGUUGUUACCGCCUACUCGGUUGCCAGAAGAUUUUUACCCCGACCGUGUACCAAUCACCAUCAUCGACACCUCGUCCAAUUUUAGCUGCAACUUAGCUAACACUAAGUUUAACGCAAUAAAGAAGCAGAAUGUGAUCAGUCCGGAGGAUAGAGGUAAACUAGCAGAAGAGCUGAAGCGAGCAGAUGCGGUUGUGCUUACUUAUGCAUGUGAUCAGCCUGAAACUCUUAACAGAUUGAGUACUUUCUGGCUUCCAGAACUUCGCCAAUUAGAGGUGAAAGUGCCUGUCAUAGUAGUUGGCUGUAGGCUGGAUUUAAGAGAUGAGCUGCAGCAAGUGAGCUUGGAGCAGGUGAUGUCACCGAUAAUGCAACAGUUUCGGGAGAUUGAAACUUGUAUUGAGUGUUCAGCAUAUAAACACAUUCAGAUCCCUGAGGUUUUCUACUAUGCACAAAAGGCAGUGCUUCAUCCAACUGGCCCACUUUUUGAUCAGGAAUCACAAACUCUGAAGCCACGGUGUGUGAGAGCCUUGAAGCGAAUUUUUAUUCUCUGCGAUCAUGACAGGGAUGGUGCUCUUAGCGAUGCGGAGUUAAAUGAUUUUCAGGUCAAAUGUUUCAAUGCUCCAUUACAACCUUCAGAAAUAGUUGGUGUUAAACGAGUUGUGCAAGAUAAGUUGGUUGAAGGAGUUAAUGAACGCGGUCUUACAUUGACUGGUUUUCUAUUUCUUCAUGCACUAUUCAUAGAAAAAGGACGCCUUGAGACGACAUGGACUGUCCUGAGGAAAUUUGGAUAUAAUAACGAUAUCAAACUUUCAGACGAUCUAAUUCCUCAUUCAUCAUUUAAACGAGCUCCUGAUCAGAGUGUGGAGCUGACAAAUGAAGCUAUUGAAUUCCUGAAGGGAAUCUAUGAAUUGUUUGACAGUGACUUAGACGAUAACCUUCGGCCUAUUGAAGUUGAGGAUGUUUUUUCAACUGCUCCAGAAAGUCCUUGGAAUGAUGCUCCAUAUAAGGAUGCUGCAGAAAAAACUGCACUGGGAGGGCUAUCACUUGAUGCAUUUUUGUCAGAGUGGGCUCUUAUGACACUUCUAGACCCAGCUCGUAGUGUGGAGAAUUUGAUAUACAUUGGAUAUCCUGGUGAUGCUUCCUCUGCCAUCCGUGUGACUAGGAGAAGGCGUUUAGAUCGGAAGAAGCAACAAUCAGAAAGAAAUGUUUUCCAGUGCUUUCUUUUUGGUCCAACAAAUGCUGGGAAAUCUGCAUUAAUGAAUUCUUUUCUUGGCAGGCCCUAUUCUGAUUCAUAUUCUCCAACUACUGAUGAGCGAUAUGCUGUGAAUGUUGUGGAACUACCUGGGGGAAUAAAGAAAACUCUGGUCUUGCGAGAAAUCCCUGAAGAUGGAGUCAGAAAACUCCUGUCUACUAAAGAUUCAUUGGCUGCCUGUGACAUAGCAGUAUUUGUCCAUGACAGUUCUGAUGAGUCUUCAUGGAAGAGAGCAACUGAAUUACUUGUGGAUGUCGCUGGUCAUGGUGAAGACACCGGUUAUGAGGUGCCUUGCCUGAUUGUUGCUGCUAAAGAUGAUCUGGAUUCAUUUCCAAUGGCAAUACAGGAUUCCACCAGGGUUAGUCAGGAUAUGGGGAUUGAUGCACCUAUACCUAUCAGCUCAAAAUUGGGUGAUUUCAAUAACAUAUUCCGAACGAUUGUAAAUGCAGCUGAGCAUCCUCAUUUGAGCAUUCCUGAAACCGAGGCUGGGAGAAGCCGGAAGCAAUACCAUCGGCUCAUAAACCGUUCUCUCAUGUUUGUUUCAGUUGGAGCUGCUGUAGCUAUCGUCGGAUUGGCAGCUUACCGCGUAUAUGCUGCAAGGAAGAGUGCCUCCAGUUAAGGGAUGACGAUUCUCCCACCUGCAAGACACUAAUGUGGUUUAUGCCAUCUUCUUCUAGACACAGUUGACUGUUCCAUGCUUUAUCAAAUUGCAGCUGCCCACUUUUCUGGGUUAUAUUGAAAAUCUUCAUCUGUAGAAAAAACUGCAAAAUUCUGUUUGUCAUUUUAGGGGUGGAAGAGUUUGAUCUGUAGAAUAGUAAGAGAAAGCAAAAAUACGAUUGAACAAGUUAUUGUGCAAGGGUUGUGCGAUAAGAAAAAAAUUUUGCUGCAGAAUUUUAACCAUUUUGUUGCUAUGCUCA